AGCUAUACAAUCGUGAGUAACGAAACAAGGCAGAGAGCGUUGUCGUGUUUUACUUUUCAGUUGGAGCCAGUGUAGUGCUGACUGACCUUGAUCCUCUCUUUUGUACCUCGUCCGCAAUCCUCGAUCAUCAGUUAGUGUCGAGUCUUUUCCCGAAGCGAUACGCGCGCAACAUGAAAUACUUUGGAGCACUUUUCGUCGCAUGUCUACUCUUCGCUCUCGUGCACUCUGCCCCAAGAGUAGCACCUGAUUCUGAAGAAUUUAGCGAUGAAAAUGACAAGAAGAAUACAGACACCGUUCUAAUAUUACCAGGAGCAAGACGCGUUGCAACAUUUGGAUCACCUUUUGAAGUGUUCCCCAGAGAAAAUGUCGAUACAAGACCAGAUGACUAUUUCGAUUUCGGAAUCUUUGAAUCUUUGACUGAAAUGUUCCGGAAAAGAAUGCAAGAAUUAUUUAGAAGCCAAGUUGAAGGUUUCAAACCAUUGAGUGAAGUACCAAAAGGUUCAAACAGCACUUCCACCACUAAGGUCAUUAAUGGUCACGUUGUGACCGUCAACGACACAACCUAUUCUGACGGUGACGAAAAUAGCGGCUCUGUGUUCCGUUUUCGAGUAGUCGAAAUUAAGCCCCAAAACGAUACCCUUGAGAUUGGUGGCAAUGCGGAUACGGAACCAAUUACCUCAUCACCAUCUAAUGCUGGGAAAAAAGCCGAAAGUACGACACCUGAUCGCAGCGUUGAAACCGUUGAAGAUUUAAACGAUAAUGUAAUUCCAAAGGCAGAAGUGGAGAUUAUUUAAUAGAAAAAAAAAAAAUAUGUAAAUCUAUCUCAAUUCGAUCGAGAGAUAAAUCUCCUCUGUGACAAUAUCAAAUAUAGAUUAAGAAUAAAUCGACUUUUAUAUUAUUAUACAUAUAUAUAAAUCUAUUUUAUAAUACUGCGUCUUAAAUAUGAAUUGAAACACGAGAAUUGAUGCCUGAUAAUCUACCUCGUGGUAGUGAUACACAAACCAUUUAAUGUCUCUUUAUAAUUAUUAUUACAUUCCUGUUAUAAAUUAUUAUAGAAUUCUGUAGUAUUUACAAUAGCGAGAAAAUUAAUUUUACCUCUAAGAAAAUAAAGAUUGUAUAAAUAAA